AUGACACUGGUUAGGCAAGAGAAACCAAAUGACACGACACUGGUUAAUCAAGAGAAGCCAAAUGAUGCGACACUGGUGAGUCAAGAGAAACCAAAAACCACGACACUGUUUAGUCAAAUGAAACAAAAUGCCACGACACUGGUUAGUCAAGAGAAGAGAAACCAAAUGACUCGACACUGUCAAGAGAAACCAAAUACUACGACACUGGUUAGUCAACAGAAACCAAAUGACACGACACUGGUUAGUCAAGAGAAACCAGAUGAGACGACACUGGUUAGUCGAGAGAAACCAAAUGACACGAAACUGGUUAGUCAAGAGAAACUAAAUGACACGACACUGGUUAGUGAAGUGAAACCAAAUGCCACGACACUGGUUAGUCAAGAGAAAACAAAUGACACGACACUGUCAAAAAAACCAAAUGGCACGUCACUGGUUAAUAAAGAGAAACCAAAUGACACGACACUGGAUAGUCUAGAGAAACCAAAUGACACGACACUGGUUAGUCUAGAGAAACCAAAUGCCACGACACUGGUUAGUCAAGAAAAACCAAAUGACACGACACUGGUUAAUCAAGAGAAACCAAAUGACACGACACUGGUUAAUAAAGAGAAACCAAAUGACACGACACUGGUUAGUCAAGAGAAACCAAAUGACAGUACACUGAAACAAAAUGGCACGACACUGGUUAGUCAAGAGAAACAAAAUGACACGACACUGGUUAAUCAAGAGAAACCAAAUGACACGACACUGGUUUAUCAAGAGAAGCCAAAUGACGCAACACUUGUUAGUCAAGAGAAACCAAAUGACACGACACUGGUUAGUCCAGAGAAACCAAAUACUACGGCACUGGUUAGUCAAGAGAAACCAAAUGACACGACACUUGUUAAUCAAGAGAAACCAAAUGACGCGACACUGGAUAGUCAAGAGAAACCAAAUGACACGACACUGGUUAGUCUAGAGAAACCAAAUGCCACGACACUGGUUAGUCAAGAGAAACCAAAUGACACGACACUGGUUAGUCUAGAGAAACCAAAUGCCACGACACUGGUUAGUCUAGAGAAACCAAAUGACACGACACUGGUUAGUCAAGAGAAACCAAAUGACACGACACUGGUUAGUCAAGAGAAACCAAAUGACACGACACUGGUUAGUCAAGAGAAGCCAAAUGACGCAACACUGGUUAGUCAAGAGAAACCAAAUGACGCGACACUGGUCAGUCAAGAGAAACCAAAUGAGACGACACUGGUUAGUCAAGAGAAACCAAAUGACACGACACUGGUUAGUCAAGAGAAGCCAAAUGCCACGACACUGGUUAGUCAAGAGAAACCAAAUGACACGACACUGGUUAGUCAAGAGAAAGCAAAUACCACGACACUGGUUAGUGAAGUGAAACCAAAUGCCACGACACUGGUUAGUCAAGAGAAAACAAAUGACACGACACUGGUUAGUCAACAGAAACCAAAUGACACGAAACUGAAACCAAAUGCCACGACACUGGUUAGUCAAGAGAAACCAAAUGACACGACACUGGUUAAUCAAGAGAAACCAAAUGACACGACACUGGUUUAUCAAGAGAAGCCAAAUGACGCAACACUUGUUAGUCAAGAGAAACCAAAUGGCACGACACUGGUUAGUCCAGAGAAACCAAAUACUACGACACUGGUUAGUCAAGAGAAACCAAAUGACACGACACUGGUUAAUCAAGAGAAGCCAAAUGACGCGACACUGGUUAGUCAAGAGAAACCAAAUGACACCACACUGGUUAGUCAAGAGAAACCAAAUGACUCGACACUGGUUAAUAAAGAGAAACCAAAUGAAACGACACUGGCUAGUCAAAAGAAACCAAAUGACACGACACUGGUCAGUCAAGAGAAACCAAAUGACUCGACACUGGUUAGUCAAUAG